CCAACUUCCGGAAAAUGUGUUUCCUGUCUAACGGCGUCGCCAUUAAGAGACCACGCAGCAUUGCUAAAAUAACGUGAUUUAUUAACAGACCUACAUUUUUAGGGUGAUGGCGGACAGUGAUGAUGAAUAUGAUCGCAGAAGGAGAGACAAGUUUCGUCGUGAGAGGAGCGACAACUAUGACCGCUCCCGAGAGAGAGAGGAAAGGCGUAGGGAUGACUGGAAUGACAGGCGCCCAUCUGCAAGGGAGUGGGACAGGGGCAGGGAGCGGCGUAGCCGGGGGGAGUAUCGGGACUACGAGAGAGGUCGCAGGGAGAGGUUCUCCCCACCCAGGCACGACAUGAGUCCCCAACAGAAACGCAUGAGGAGAGAUUGGGAUGAUCAUGGAGGAGAUCCCUACCAUGGUGGGUAUGACUUGGGCUACGGUGGUGGCGGAGGCCCCAGCUACGCCCCUCCACAGCCUUGGGGCCACCCUGACCUUCAUCUCAUGCAGCCUCACCAUGGCAUACCCAUCCAGGCAAGGCUAGGAAACAUCCAUGAUAUGGAUCUGGGCCUGCCACCUCCGGUGAUGAAGAGCUUUAAGGAGUUCCUUCUGUCCCUGGAUGACUCUGUGGAUGAGACCGAGGCAGUCAAACGUUAUAAUGAGUACAAGAUAGACUUCCGACGGCAGCAGAUGCAGGACUUCUUCCUUGCGCACAAAGAUGAAGAGUGGUUCAGAUCCAAAUACCACCCGGAUGAGGCGGGCCGGCGGAAGGCUGAGGCCCACAGUGGCUUGCAGAACCGGCUGAAUGUCUACAUAUUCCUGAUGGAGAACGGCUGGUUCGACACAGUCUCCUUGGACAUGGAGAAGGCCCAGGCCAUCAUGAAGGUCUUGGAUGCAGCGGUGAUAAAGAUGGAGGGAGGGACAGAUCAUGACCUGCGUAUAUUGGAGCUGCCGUCUGAGGAGGAAGAGGAGAGGGAGAGAGCUGACAGGGCGGCAGCUGUUGGUCCUGGAACUGAACCCCCCAAAAAAGAGGAGCCCAAGGAUAAGAAUCAGGACAAUGACCGCAAACCCCCAGCUGACAAAGAGAAUGGGGAGAGUGAUGCCUGCAGCACGGAGAAGGGGGCAAACGGUGGUGGUGAAGCAGCAGCAGAAGGGAGUGAGGGAGAAGAGAAAGGAGAAAAAGAGGUGAAAAGCAAAGAAGUUGUGCCUGAGCCUAAGAAGCUGAGUAAAAAGAGGAAGCGGAAGCACAGUGGAGACAGUGAAGAUGAGGCCAGUGCCUCUGAGAGUGACUCCGAUUCGGACUCCAACUCCCAUCAUUCCUCUGAUAAAAAUGCAGAGAAGGAGGAUGAGGGUGAGGAAAAGGAGGAAGGGGAGGACAAGGACGAUGAGGAAAAGGAGGAGGGGGAGGACAAGGAUGAAGAGGAAGAAGAGGGUGAAGCUGACGGUAAGAAAAGCAAAGAGGAGAAACCAAAGGAAAGGGCGAGAGAGAGGGAGAAACAAGAGGAGAAGAAACCCAAGGAGGACCAGCCCCUGAGACCCAGGCCUCUCCACAGGACCUGCUCUUUAUUCAUGAGGAGCAUUGCCCCCACAAUCUCCAAGGCUGAGAUCAUAGCUUUAUGUCGGAGAUAUCCUGGGUUUAUGAGAGUGUGCUUGUCUGAUCCCCAACCGGAGCGCAGGUUCUUCCGACGCUGCUGGGUGACAUUUGACCGUAGUGUCAACAUCAAGGAGACCUGCUGGAACCUCCAGAACAUCAGACUGCGUGACUGUGAGCUGGCCCCGGGGGUGAACAGAGACCUAGCCCGGAGGGUCCGCAACAUCAAUGGCAUCACUCAGCACAAACAGGUGCUGCGCAAUGACAUCAAACUGUCAGCCAAACUCAUCCACUCUCUGGACGACAGAGGCAGGCUGUGGAGCCAAAAGGCCCGGGGAGAUAAUGUGUCUGCUGUGGAGAUGGCGGCUCAGAACCCCAUCCUGAAGAACAUCACUGACUACUUGAUAGAGGAGGUGAGCGCUGAGGAGGAGGAGCUACUGGGCAGUGUGGGCGGAGCUGAUGCAGAGGAGGGCAGCAAGGAGGGGAACCCAGCCGAGAUCACUGUGGAGAGGGAUGACACGCUGGUCAAGGUCCAUCCAUCUGCCUUGGCACACAGCAGCUUUACAUUAUUUUUAUGCAGUGAAAUGUUUGGGUUUUGUCUGACGCUAAAGUGGUCAAAUGAAAAGGAAAAAGUACAUUAUCUUGACUUGAUUUCCUUCAUCUCUUCCCAGGUGUUGGACCGUCUUCUCUUGUACCUGCGUAUUGUCCAUUCCAUUGACUACUACAACAACUGCGAGUACCCCAGCGAGGAUGAGAUGCCCAACCGCUGUGGCAUGAUCCAUGUGCGUGGGCCCAUCCCUCCCAACCGCAUCACACACGGGGAAGUGUUGGAGUGGCAGAAGACAUUUGAGGAGAGGCUGAGCCCCCUAUUCAGUGUGAAGGAGAAGCUAUCAGAGGAGGAGGCAGGCAAGAUGGGCCGGAAGGACCCAGAGCAUGAGGUGGAGAAGUUUGUGUCGGCAAACACCCAGGAGCUGGGCAAGGACAAGUGGCUCUGCCCCCUCAGUGGCAAGAAGUUCAAGGGCCCAGAGUUUGUGCGCAAGCACAUCCUGAACAAACACGGGGACAAAAUUGAUGAGGUGAAAAAGGAGGUGGUGUUUUUCAACAAUUUCCUCAUGGAUGCCAAGCGACCUUCCCUCCCGGAGAUGAAGCCACCUCCUCCGCCUGGCCCAGGACAGGGAGUUCUUUCUCCAGGCAUGCCCUUCCCUCCCCAGGGCCUCAUGGGCUUCGGUCCCGGCCAGCCUCGUCCUCCUGUCAUGGGUUACGGAGGUGGACCUCCUUACCCACCAAACCAGUAUGGGGGCGGUCGGGGUAACUAUGACAACUUCCGUGGACAGGGUGGUGGCUACCCUGGUAAACCUCGCAACAACAGAAUGUCUCGGGGAGAUCCACGCAACAUCAUUGAAUACCGUGACCUGGAUGCACCUGAUGACAUGGACUUCUUCUAGACUAUCCAUUUAUUUUAAUCUCUUUUGUUUCUAAUCAUUGUAAUUUCCCCUUCUCAUCCCCUUAUGUUAAGUGAUGAAUUAGCCUCCUAUUUUUUUUGUUCAGUGUCUGCAGCGCAAAGUCUCAGUACAAUUGUAACCAACUCGAAUUACAAAAAUGUAUAACCUCAAUAAAAAACAUUUGAUGACAA